UAUUACAAAAAAUGUUAACAAAACUAUUAAAUUUAAAUUCUCAACCACAGAUAAAUUGUUUUAAAAAAGAAAUUAGUGAAUUCUUGACACCAAAAACCAGACCAAACCGUUACAAAUCAUCCCCCCAAUUAAAAAAAAGCUCGAACCCCCUUCUUGUGAAUGAUAACAGUAAAACAAAGUUCUCUUAUAAAUAUUUGUCAUCUCUAGAACAGAGUAGUUCCAGUAAAAAUUUACUUAAAAAUGCCAAUUCUGCAGACCAUUACAUCAGUGUUCGUUAUUCAAAAGAGUCUUGCCCUCCCGAACCCCCUAGGAAGCCCUUAAGUGAAGUUUUACACACAUCUUUAAAUCAUCAGAUUUUGGAAGAAAUUCAAGCUUCAUAUAUUUAUCUAUCAAUGGCUUGUUUUUUUGCAAGAACUGACGUUGCUUUACCUGGGUGUUACGUGUAUUUUAAGAAAAUGUACAAAGAAGAACUAGGGCAUGCAGACGUAUUAAUAAAAUAUUUGACGAUGAGAGGAGGGGUAGUAAAUUUAAAUACGAUAGAACCACCUUGUAAUCAAAACUGGGAGGGAAUUCAGAAUGUUCUAAUAAAUGCUAUCCAACUGGAGACCUGUAUUAGAGAUCAAUUAGUAAAGUUAUGCCACUCUGCGGAAAAGGAGAGGGAUUUUGGUCUUGCUGAUUUAAUUCAAGGCGAAUUUGUACGCGAACAGGAUGAAUCGAUAAAUGAAUUAACGCGUUUGUUGGUGCGAUAUAGUAAAAUGACUAAGUGCGGACGCGGAUGUGGCUGCGGAGAAUAUUUGUUUGAUAGAGAACUGUUCAGAAUUUUCAGCAAAAAAGAAGGCGAAACAGUUAUCCGGGGUCACGAUAUACCUCCUAAUUCUUACAUCUAAGGAUAAAUCCUUUGCAUGCAAUCUAGUUAUGUAACGUAGUUAUUUGGUUUUGUCCUUAUAAUGAACGCAAAAUACCGACGCAAUAAAGUUAUAUUAUACAUCAA